AACUCUUGUCCUCCCUCAGAGCCUGGCCCUGAGGCCAGGCAGCAGCCUGUGCUGCACAGAACUGAGCUCACCACGACCACCAGCAACUCCUGACUGGCUCAGAUGAGGACCUGCUACCUUGCUGAGCUGGCUUUCCAGACUUGACUGUGUUGCCUGGAAGAUGGAUGUUUUCUUACCUUGGAGACAGCCGUCCUGGAGGGUGGGCAGGAGGAGAAUGAGGCUGCCUGCAGAUUUCCGGUGGCUCUUAGCAGCAUUUGUUCUUCUGUAUGUACUCAAUGAAGCAAAUGGUCAGAAAAAGGGGUCACCUCGUGAUUUGACGUGCACAACUAAUAAUUUACAAGUAUGGGACUGUACUUGGAAAGCACCUGUAGGAACAGGCCAUGGUACCAUUUAUAAAGUUUGCAUUGAAGACAGGCUCCGUUCUUGUCAUCAAAUAGAGAAAGCAAAUAUUAAAAUCCCAGCUCUUUCACCUGGUGAUCAUGAAAUAACAAUAAACUCUCUACAUGAUUUUGAAAGUUCUCUGAGUACAUUCAUACUAAAUGAAAAAAAUGUUUCCUUAAUUCCAGACACUCCAGAGAUCUUGAACUUGUCUGCUGAUUUCUCCACUUCAACAUUACACCUAGAGUGGACCGACAAGGGUUCUGGUCUUCCUCAUCACUCACACGUCGUCUGGGAAAUCAAAGUUAUGCGUAAAGAUUCUAUGGAGCUCGUAGAGUUAGUGACUUACAACACCACUCUGAAUGGCAGAGAUGUGGUCCAUCGCUGGAGCUGGGCCUCAGACAUGCCCUUGGAGUGUGCCGCUCAUCAUGUGAGCAUUAGGUGCUACAUUGACUCUCCUCAUUUCUCUGGUCCGAAAGAGUGGAGCAACUGGAGCCCAGUGAAGAGCAUUUCUUGGACUCCUGAUUCUCAGACCAAAGUUUUUCCUCAAGACAACGUAAUACUUGUAGGCUCAGAUAUAACAUUUUGUUGUUUAAGUCAAGAAAAAGUGUUAGUGGCACAGAUUGGCAGUAAAAAUUGCCCCCUUAUCCACCUUGAUGGAGAAAACGUUGCUAUCAAGAUCCAUAAUAUUUCCGUUUCUGAAGAUAGUGGAACAAAUGUGAUUUUCACAACAGAAGAGUCCAUAUAUGGAACAGUUAUUUUUGCAGGCUAUCCACCUGAUGUUCCUCAAAAACUGAAUUGUGAAACACACGAUUUAGAAAAAAUUGUAUGUAGUUGGAAUCCAGGAAGACCAACAGCAUUGGUGGGCCCACGAAGUACAAAUUACAUUUUAUUUGAGAGUUUUUCAGGAAAAUAUGUUACAUUUAAAAAUGCUGAAGUACCUACGAAUGAAAGCUAUUUGGUAUCCUUUGAAAUGAUUCCGAAUCAAGAAAUAUAUAAUUUUACUCUGAAUGCUCACAAUCCUCUUGGGCAGUCAGAAUCCACAAUAGUAGUUAACAUCACUGAAAAAGUUUUUCCUCAUCCUCCUACUUCAUUCAGAGUGAAGGAUAUUAAUUCAAAAGCUGUUACACUUUUUUGGCGUUUAUCAGGCAACUUUGCAAAGAUUAAUCUAUUAUGUCAAAUUAAAAUUAAUAAAGCUAAUUCAAAGCAAGAGUUGCGGAAUGUCACAAUCAAAGGACUAAAAAAUUCAAGUUAUCGUGUUGCUGUGGACAAAUUAAAUCCAUAUACUGUAUAUACUUUCCGGAUUCGUUGUUCUUCUGAAACUUACUGGAAAUGGAGCAAAUGGAGUAGUGAAAAGCAACAUUUAACCACAGAAGCCAUUCCUUCAAAAGGACCAGAUACUUGGCGAGAGUGGAGUUCUGAUGGAAAGAAUUUGAUAAUCUAUUGGAAGCCUUUGUCUAUUAAUGAAGCUAAUGGAAAGAUCCUUUCCUAUAAUGUAUCAUGUUCAUCAGAUGAGGAAACACAGUCUCUUUCUGAGAUCCCUGAUCCUCAGCACAAAGCAGAAAUACGCCUGGAUAAAAAUGACUACAUCAUCAGUGUAGUAGCAAAGAACUCUGUUGGCUCCUCACCACCUUCUAAAAUAGCCAGCAUGGAAAUCCCGAAUGAUGGUCUCAGAGUAGAGCAAGUUGUUGGAAUGGGAAGGAGGAUUCUCCUCAGCUGGCAUCCUGACCCCAACAUGACUUGUGACUAUGUUAUUAAAUGGUGUAAUUCAUCUCGGUCUGAGCCCUGCCUUAUGGAUUGGAAAAAAGUUCCUUUUAAUAGCACUGAGGCCAUAAUAGAAUCUGAUCAGUUUCGACCAGGUAUCAGGUAUAGGUUUUUCCUAUAUGGGUGCAGAAAUCAAGGAUAUCAGUUACUACGCUCCAUAGUUGGAUAUAUUGAAGAACUGGCUCCGAUUGUCGCACCAAAUUUUACUGUUGAAGAUACAUCUGCAGAUUCCAUAUUAGUAAAAUGGGAAGAUAUUCCUGUGGAAGAGCUUAGAGGAUUUUUAAGAGGAUAUUUAUUUUACUUUGAAAAAGGAGAGAGAGAUACAUCUAAAGUAAGGGGUUUGGAAUCAGGUCGUUCUGACAUCAAGGUGAAGAAUAUUACUGACAUAUCCCAGAAGACACUGAGGAUUGCUGAUCUUCAAGGGAAAACAAGUUACCAUUUGGUCCUGCGAGCCUACACAGAUGGUGGCCUAGGCCCAGAGAAGAGCAUGUUUGUGGUGACAAAGGAAAACUCUGUGGGAUUAAUUAUUGCCAUUCUCAUCCCGGUGGCAGUAGCUGUCAUUAUUGGAGUGGUAACAAGCAUCCUUUGCUAUCGGAAACGAGAAUGGAUUAAGGAGACCUUCUACCCUGAUAUUCCAAAUCCAGAAAAUUGUAAAGCAUUACAGUUUCAAAAGAGUGUCUGCGAGGGAAACAGUGCUCUUAAGACAUUGGAAAUGAAUCCUUGUACCCCAAAUAAUGUUGAGGUUCUGGAGACUCGGUCAGCGCUUCCUAAAAUAGAAGACACAGAGAUAGUUUCCCCAGUAGCUGAGCGUCCCCUUGACAGCUGUGAUGUAGAACCUGAAAACCAUGUGGCCGUGUCCUAUUGCCCACCAAUCAUCGAGGAAGAAAUAUCAAACCCAGCUGUGGAUGAGGCUGGAGGUACUUCACAGGUCAUCUACAUUGAUGUCCAGUCCAUGUAUCAGCCUCAGGCCAAACCAGAGGAAGACCAAGAAAUUGACCCCAUAGUUGGGGCAGGGUAUAAGCCACAAAUGCGCCUCCCCAUUAACUCUACUGUAGAAGAGACAGCUGCAGUGGAUGACAUAGAUAAAACUGCAGGUUACCGACCUCAAGCAAAUGUAAAUACUUGGAAAUUGGUCUCUCCAGACUCUCCUAGAUCCACAGACAGCAACAGUGAAAUUGUCUCUUUUGGAAGUCCGUGCUCCAUCAACUCACGACAGUUUUUGAUCCCCCCUAAAGAUGAAGACUCUCCUAAAUCAAAUGGAGGAGGGUGGUCCUUCUCAAACUUUUUUCAGAACAAACCAAAUGAUUAGAAUGACACCCUGUCACACAGUCUGCCAUCUCAAUAAGCUCUUACUGCUGGUGGUGCCACAGCAGCACUGGUGUCCCUGGAGGGGCACUGUGAAGUAUUGCUGCCCAGGUGAGCUUCACUGUGUGCAAGUUACACCCGAAGUAUUAGUGUCUUCUAAUGUAGUCCAGGCCAGGGACAGUGACUCAGAAUCUUCACCCCAUGAAACUCAAGAUUUGGGGCUGUUGUGAUCAACCCAAAGCAUUCUUCAGGAAGCAUUUCAAGGCCGAUAUUGUUUAGAACAUAUAUGCAAAACAAACCCUGCAUCAACUGUUUUCUGUUGUUAAUGGUUUUCUCUGUGUAUACUUUGUAGAAUUACAAGGGGAUUUUCAGGCAAGGGAGAGAAAUGUUGAAGUCAUGUAAUGUUUGUUUAUUUGCCUGAUACUAAUUCCAUUCUAGAGGAAAACCAAGCACAGAUUUUAAAACUUUGGAGAUUUUUCUCUUCUAUCUGCAGCAUUUAUGAAAGUUAACGUAAUUUGUAAUGUAGAGACAGCCAUUUAGUGUUCUGUUUGCUGAAGUGCGCCGAUUUCUGUGCCUACUGUACGAUGGUUAUCAGUCUCAGGGGUGCAAACAUGGAAGACGUGUGACGCUGGCCAGCGCCAGGCAGAGCAGCAUCAGUUUGCUUUGGUAAUUUUUCAAAUCUUCCCAUUAUUUUUUGCUUUUAUGCCAGCUUCCGUUAUUACAGAGGAAUGUCCUGAUAUUUGAAACUUAAAUUGCUAGAACCAAGGUUUUUAUAUAACCCAUUUUAUUUUGUGAUAUGGUUUCAGCUUUAUAUGAGCAAAUUCAUUACUAAUCCUAAACAUACAGUUCCUCUUGAUUCACUGUGUGAGAUGACUACUAAGCAGUACCUCGCAGCGUUUGUUGUCUGGUGCACCUCCGCCUGGCUUGCAUUUCCUGAGAAUGAGAAGCCAUAGCUUCUUGAGCCUGGUCGCCUCCCAGCUGUAAUCCUUAAAGCUUCUCAGCAGGUUUUCCUCACUCAUCAGUUGUGAUUCCCCUCUUAAAGUGAUCUUCGGUUCAGACUGUCAGAUCAAGUCCCAGAUUUUUAAGCAUACAACCAAGUUGAAGAUGCUUUUUCCAUGAACAGUGACUCCAGGGCGUUCCUGUUAAAGGUCAUCAGUGGACUUGAACUGGUGGCCAGCUUAGUGAACGUGUGCUGGUGGUGUCUCUACCAUGGCAGCCUCUGCCCAUCUGGCUCUUCAGCAGUGAUCUUGAGAGUAAAUACGGUUCUUGGAAGCAAAAGCAGAGUGAACAACUACAAAGUGUAUUGUGUAUUCCCCUGUACUUGGUUUGUCUGUGUCUUUCAUCUUUUGCUAGUUUACGAAUAGUACUUGAAAUUGAAACACCUGAGUAAAUUAAGGUUGGCUUCUUUUGGACCAUGUGAGGCUCCAUGAUAUAUUUGCAAAUAAUGGAUCACUAAUCUCUCGAACUCAUUGUAUGUUUUUAAAAACCAUGUUAUGGGAGAAACAGGGAGACAAGGGAAAAAAAUCUAUUUAGGUACUCAUAUAUGAAUGCUGAUUUUAACUAAUAUAACUCAACUAAAUUUCUGAGCACCAUGGUAUGUGUAGAAGGAAAUAUAAUUAUACACAUAGUAUAUAAAAUCUGUAUAAUAACUCACAGAUAUUUUCAAUAAUGAAAAUACAUCAAGGCAGAGCCACCCCUAAACAAAGUUUCAUCUUUUUUAUCUUUGGCUCCUUCCUUUAGAUCUCCCCUGAAACACUCAGACCUAAAGCUGCCUCCGCUCUCUCCCUCCUAUCCCACGAGCUGCGUGAGACCCUGAACCAAAUACAUAAAAAAA